AUGCCUGGACCAGGGCCCAGAGCAGGGUUACAUUAUUCGAUAAGGCGUGCGCAACGUGAGUGCGGAGAAGCCGGCAGGCUGCAGCAAGGAGGAGCUGCUUUGCGUUUCUUGAAAAACUCGACGACUCACCUGCCUAGUUCCUCCCUGGCUUGGCAACGCUCCACCUUGCAUGCACUAAUUAGGGUUAUGGCAUUCUGUACAGAUGUCGGUGGUAAUGAUGUACCUCUCCUUGGGCCAUGGUUUCCAGCACAACAAUAUCACAAGGAGAAUAAUGAUCUUUCUUCGCAGUCUCAGGACAUUACUAUUGCAGAUGACACCCUCACUGCCGAGUGGCAUCUCCAUCCAGAAGAGCAUGUCUAUCGCGAACCGACAACCCACCAGCUAGACUGGCGGAUAAGCGCUGGCUAUCGUCGUCCAGACGGGGUCCUGAAACGGGUGUAUUUGAUCAACGACGCCAAUGCCAUGGACGGCGUCAUUGGAGUCACUCAAUGCGGCAUUCUCCACAGAGAGUCAUUCGUGUACAACUUCACUAUCUCCCCCGACCAGAGCGGCACGUUCUGGUAUCACGCCCACUCCGCUGCGCAAAGAGCGGACGGGCUGUACGGGGGCCUGGUGGUUCAUAAACCUGCACCCAAACCCAGGAUCCGCGGACUGUGGCCGCGCGAAGAUCAGCUGGGAGCAGACAGCUUCAAGUACGGAUACGACCGGGAAGUCUUGCUUCUGGUUGGCGACUGGUACCAUCGCCCAGCAGAGGAAGUCUCUGCUUGGUAUCUGCGGGCGGGAUCGUAUGGCAAUGAGCCCGUUCCCGACUCGGUGCUCGUCAACGGCGCUGGUCGCUUCAACUGCUCCAUGGCUGUUCCAGCACGGCCAGUGGAUUGCAUUGGCGAGGCAGACGACCGCCCAAAACUGUUCUUGGAUGCGAAAACAACGUAUCGAAUCCGCGUGGUCAAUACCGGGUCUCUGGCUGGAUUCACGCUGACCUUUGCCCGGGAGACGCUCGAGCUAAUACAGCUGGACGGGGGGAUUCCUGUCGAGCCGCAGCUGGAGAAGGACAACGUCAACUCAGCCGGAAUCCUGUUCCCAGGACAGCGCAUGGACUUUAUUCUCCGGCAGCCAGCAGGAAGAACUCGGGAGAAAUGGUCGUCGUUGACGGUGGAUCUCGAUCAGGGGUGUUUCAAAUACCCCAAUCCCGCCUUGACUCCCCGGCACGUAUUUCCCAUUAUCAAACAGUCGAUAAAUCCUACCGCCGAAGGCUUCUUCACAAAAGAGCUAGAAAGCGAAAAGCAAAACCCAACCCAAAUUAUUGACAUCACAAAAAUCCCCUCCGCAAGCUCCGUCCUUGCCGUCCUCCCCCCAAAAGCACAACAGACGCACGUCGUCUACACCAAGAUCGAGAAGCUGUCUCGCCUGCACAACGUUCCUUACGGGUUCUUCAACCGCACGACCUGGCGGCCGCAGAGCGAUCCUCCGGUGCCACUGAUCGGGCUUGCGCGCGAGAAGUGGGACGAGAACCAGUUUGCUGUGUCCGUGUCGAGGACAGGGCGCGAGGAGCCGGUGUGGGUCGAUCUUGUGGUUAACAAUCUGGAUGAGGGGGCUCAUCCGUUUCAUUUGCACGGGCACAACUUCUACAUCGUCGCAAUCCACGAAUCCACCCAAGGGUGGGGAUCAUACAAUCCGUUUCUCAAAAAUCGUCCUCCGGGCCUCGAACUCUCCAGCAAUGACAAUGACAAUGAUGAGGAUACCGAUCCCUACGACCUCACCCGCGCCGUCCUCCGCGAUACAGUGCAGAUCCCUCGACGCGGAUACGCCGUUCUCCGGUUCCGGGCUGACAACCCUGGUAUCUGGUUCUUUCACUGUCAUAUCAUGUGGCAUCUGGCAGGGGGGAUGGCUAUGCUUGUCGAUGUUAUGGGUGAGGAGACGAGCGCUCAUCAAACGGGGAUUUCUUCGUGUCGGACUUGA